ACUCAUCCUAUAUUCGGAACUUGCCAAUCAUAUAAUCGAAUACACGAAGGUAGCCGGAUUAACUCGACUCGGUGCAAAAUUAAUAUUUGUGGAUUUUAUCAUUUGCAAUUUUUCUGAUUAAAAUCUGUUUUGGAAUGAUAUUUGUAUUGUAAAUAUUGGUUAUACUAAUAAAAAUACAAUAAUAUAUGCAAAUAUGAAUCCCAUAAUUACGCCGAGGAAUGUGGAGUCAGCGCGUCAGUCUUUAGAUCUGUUGUGUUCUAAGUUUACACGACAAUGUAUUAAUGAAAAUAAUUUUUCACAACCGUCUCAUAAUAUAGAAGAAAGUGAUAUGGAAAUUACAGUGCCAGCGAUAACGCAUGAUGGUGACGUUAGUUUUGUUGUUGGCGAAGAAAUAACGAUAGAACACAUUAAUACACUCAAGGAGCUUCAAGAGACGCUUCGUGUUAAAGAUGAAAAAGUGGCAGAACUUAAGGGUUUGUUAAUACAGCGCGAUGCUAAAAUUAGAGAAUUACGUAAAAAACUUGACAUGUAUCGUAGUGUUCUUCCAUUUUUAUCUCCUUACGGACGAUCAUUAAAACAUAGACCUCAAGGAGAUUUCUAAAAGAAGCAUUCGAUAGUCGAUUUUAGAAAUAUAUAUUGUGACAAAUGGAUAUCCAAGCAAACGUACAAGACACUUCCUUAGAAGGAGAUAGAAAUUUGCCCAAAAUAUAAACAGAAAGUA